CCCAGAACUCACAGAGGAAGUAAGCGCCGAUCAAGAAGAAGAAGGAAGAGAAAUGUCGUCGUGGAGAGGAAAGCGGAAGGACGAGGAGAACCACGCGUCCGACGGCGACACUGAGGCCCACGAGCCCCCCAAAAAGACCGCCAAAAGAGACUCCUCCUCUGACGACUCUUCCGACGACAUCGUCGUCUGCGAGAUAUCAAAGAACAGGAGAGUGACAGUGAGGAACUGGAACGGCAAGGUUAUUGUGGACAUUCGCGAGUUCUAUGUCAAGGAUGGCAAGCAAAUGCCUGGGAAGAAAGGAAUCUCACUACCGAUGGAUCAGUGGAAUGUUCUUCGGAGUCAUGUGGAUGAGAUUGACAAGGUUGUUAACGAGACUGCUUAGGGAUCACUCUUGUGCUUUAACUAGAAAUAUGUUAACCUGCAAUGUAAUUUUGUUUAGGCUGUGAACGCAGUAACCAUCUGUGAUGCUUUUGUAUCUACCUGGAAUUGAUAACUUUGCUGAGGUCAAUGACAAUGACUUGUACUUGGAAAUGGACUUGUUCUCAUCCAUGUAUGCAAGUACUUGAUCAACAAUCUGAAGUUAAGUUACCUAUGGUCUGAUGUGCAUAUAGAUUGCUGCCUCUGAAGCUGACGCUUAUCACUUUUUAAGAAUCUCAGUGCAGAAUCUUUUUGUAGAAAAAAACUGUCACUGAAGUGUUGAAUUAAUAUAAUUCCAUCUUUAUCUCUUCGUCUUU